AAAAGAUGAAACUUUCCCCCCGAGGAGAGAACUGAGCCACUUUUUGUCUACAGGAACGCGGAAAAAGAGACGUGAUUAAAUUAGCAAGAUAUCAAGUUACCAAUCUCGCAGGAAGCAAUCUGCAAAAUGAAAUCUUCCAUCUUCCUCGUCAUCCUGGUCGUGAUAAUUGGUGCCGUCUCAGUUUUCGGGGCUCCCUCAAAUUCCACUACGUCCGCUCCCGGUUCGCCAAAAAAGCCGUCGCGAUCCACCACGACCAGCAGCGGCUCGAUUUCUAAGUCUACCACGACCCGAACCACGACCACGAAACGACCACCAAAAGGGAAAAAUAAUUCGACUUCUUCCUCCGCACAAAUCCGCCUCCGACGUGAAGAUCAUCCCGCCGAGGUUGAAAUCCAUACCGGAAGUCAUACUUCCGGAAGUAUUAUCCACGACAAAGCUAAACCCAACAAUGCCACCGUAACGCGGGGACAAGUUCGUAACGAUGAGGAUCACCAUCUGGCUUCGAAAUCUGGCGCCACUAAUUCGACUCAUCACGCGGUCCGUCGUUCCACCGAUGACGACCAAGCAACUUCUGGUGACGACCAAGCAACUUCUGGUGACGACAAGAAACCGGAAGUGACCGAUAGUCACCACUCAAUCCCAAGUACGCAUCCCCUCUUUGGUGCGAGACAGUCUUCCAAUUUGACGGCAUCACUUCGCCCCAAACUAAAAACGAGGGGUGGUUCGCCAGCCGGAAGUGAGGAGGAUGCUACUUCCGGUCAUGAGGAGGGGGAAUCGUCUGAGGAGAAAGUUGGUCAUCACCACCGCGUUAAGGCGACCUCGCAAGAAGAGACGGUCUCCGUGUCGACUGGAACGAUCGCAUUUACGGGAGGGAAUUCAGGAAAAAAUUCUUCCGUGAAGGGAUUCGCAUCCGGAACGGGGGGACAUAAGAAGGAACGACAACCGGAAGUGGAGGAGGAAGAUUUAUUCAUUGUUUAAGAAAUUUUGAUCUUUAUAUUUUUUAUAAUUUGAAAUAAAAUUUGGAAUUUUUGUGGUGAUGAUUUGGCAUGAAUAAAUGGAUUUAAUGUUUGACCUAAAA